UUGAGGCGUCACCCAUUCCAUAUCAAAAACAAAAUCAGAGACUGAAACAAGAUCCAGGCUCCAACAAAAUGGACAAUUUCCAAGUAUUUGAAAAGCUUCAAACAGCUGUGGCGAGGAAGAAAAGUUUCACAGUCCAGGGUGAGGCAAAUGCAUGAAAACAAGCUCUUCUAUAACAAAACGGAACAGAUUCUUUUGCAAAGCCAGUAGGGCAUGAGCAAUACUGGUCAGGGAUCAAGGACUGGCUCCCUAUGUGAAAUUAUGUUUGAAGAAAACCCGACUUCAAGGUAUUUAACCAGGUCUACUUGCCCAGAAGAGUCCCAAGAAACUAACACAGCCACUUCCAAUGUUUUGGGACUACAGGAAACCUUGGGACAUGGCCCAGGAGACAACAGCAGUGAAGCAUCUCCUACUGCCAAUGACUUCUCAGCAAAUUCAACUUCAGUGCAGCACCAUCUUGUCAGCCUAAAGAAGCAGACAUCCAGGCAGAAGGCAGAGUAUGAAGCUAAAAUUACAAGCCUGGAGCAGCGGACUAAAGAGCUGCAAUCGGAGAUUAAGGAUCUGCAUUCAAAACUGGGUCAGCAACGGAAGUGGUACAGUCUGGUGGAGAUUAAAAUGCGAAAUGCAGAGAGGGCACGGGAAGAUGCAGAAAGAAGAAAUGAAAUGCUCCAGAGGGAAAUGGAAGAGUUUUUUGAUACCUUUGGGGAAUUAACAAAUGAUGUGAAGAAGACAGAACAAAAACUGUUCAAAGUUUUUAAAUCAAUUAACUAGACUAGUUUGCAAAAAAAAGAGCUGAUAUUUGAUUAAAUGGCUACUGUCAUUUCAAUGCAGAAAUUAGAUUCCUAAUGGCAAAAUAAGCUUAGUAGUACAAACUAAACUUCGUUAAACUUUUAAUACAAAUAGGGAAUAAAAUUGCAGUAUUUAAUAAACCAAGUUAGCAAUGCCUACUAUUAAUUUUCAACAAUGUAAAUCACAUUUUGAAAGUUAUAUAUUAAACAAUAUCAUUUUUUUGCCUGCUCACAUAAAAAUCCUGUAUUUGUUCAAAACAAUCCAAAAACUGCAAUGAGAACAGUACACUAAUAAAAAUCACCUCAGCACGCAGUGGAAGAAAAAAAAAUAUCUUUAUUUGAACCUGUGCGAAGCAGAAGUGAUUAUAUUUCAGUCUGUCCAUUUCCCCAUCCACAAAGUAACUAACCAAAUAGCUUUACUACAGUUGUACUUCUAAAUUACCAAUAUAGUUUCUCCAGCCACUAGAAUCAACACCAAUUAAUGAGCAACAAAGGUCAAUUCAAAUGCAUGUCACAGGAGAGUUUAAAAACUUGCAUUUUCCUGAAGCAAAACCAGAACAAUAAACAACAUAAUUUAUGUGCUGAACAAUGGGAUAAACUGAUAGCCUGUGUUAUGAUUGGAUACAAUCAAUAAAUUAUGUAAUUAUGGCCAUUGUUUGCCAGUUCAUACUAAAAGGCAAGAAGAAUACAAAAUUGAGUGACUUUUUUUUAAUAAAACCCAGGGGACAUAUUUCCAAGUCACAUUUCAGUGCCUACGGCUAGUUGCAUUUUUCCUCCUCCUCCUCAGUACCAGUAUGACAAUUGUUUUUCUCUGUUCAGAAUGAAAGAAAGUAAAAUUCCAGCCGGUUUUUGCCAAAAAAAAUAAGGCUUAUACAGAAAGAAAAUUCCCCUUUUUGAAUAUCACUUAUCACUGACAAUAUUUUUAAAGAAAACUUACCCAUAUGAAUUAUAUAAAAUAAAUCUCCCUGAAUUUAUUUAUUUAUUUUUAAAUCUAUUUGGUCCCCAGCUAGUCUAUUUGGAAAGAAACCAAGGCUACUUUGAUAUUUUUCAGAUAAUGAGCUCUCAUGUGAUAUAUGCCAUGUUCAGAUCAAAUCAAUGGGAAAAAGAUUUUUGAUGGACAAAUACGUAUUUUAAGACUACCAAAUCCCCAAUUGCUCAUUAUGGUCUGUAUUCAACAAAGCACUUAAUUUUAAUCACACUUCAGUGUUUUGCUGAAUAGAAUUGGGAUUAUUCAUGUGUUUAAUUUACAGCAUGUGCCUAACUGCUUUGCUGAAUUGAGUCCUACAUUCCCAGUUACAUGCCCAGUGUAUGGCGAUGUCAUCUGUAGUUAAAGGCCACAAGAAUUUCCAUUAUAUAGUGUCUUAGUUUCUAACUUUCUCAAAAACUUACUUCUCAAGCUGAAAUCUUCUGUGUGUUCAGUCCAAGGACACAUAUUUCUGAAAACCUGAGCAUACACAGUGCAUCAGUUUGGGAGUGAAAAGGUACACUUCUCCCAUGUGAAGAGGAAGAAAAACAGAAGUGUGACUUAGGGGUAUAUGUCUACACUUACUGGGGAUCGACACCGCAGCGAUCGAUCCACUGAGGGUCGAUUUAGUGGGUCUAGUGAAGACCUGCUAAAUUGACCACAGAUCACUCUCCUGUCAACUCCAAAAUUCCACCAGAACGAGACGCAUAAGGUAAGUCGACGGGAGAGUUUCUCCCGUCGACCCAGCGUGGUGUAGACACCACAGUAAGUCAACCUAUGCUAGUAACGUAGCUGGAGUUGCGUAACUUAGGUCAACUUAGCCCCAUAGUGUAGACUAGGCCUUAGUUAAAAGCUUCUCUUGUACUUCAGCUGGAGGCAGUAGAAGCUUGAGACUUGACAGGGACAUUAGCCUCAUGUGUCUAUAUUUGGUGGUACAGUGGAAAAAAAUCAGGUUUGACUUGACCAUGUCAUAAGAGCAAAAAACAAACAAAUCCCGGAGCCUUACUUUGUGUAUGUGUACAUUGGAUCACAUUUUAUUUUAAUGUAUAGGUGCACAAGCAGGAUGAUUUGUGAAGGCGCAGAUGGACUGAGUCAGCACUCCAUAGAAGUGCUGCCUCAUGUUAUAUGAUUUGAUAAUAUGUGCACUGAAUAAGGAAGUCUGUGUUAUCAUCACGCUUCAUAAGGCAUAAGGGAGAGACUGUGCCAGUAAAAAUACUCUUAAUAAAAGAAAGGUUGUGGAACGUUUUUCAUUGGAGACAGCUAUCGUCUGGGCAGUCUUUGAACCUGGGCCAGUACACGAAGCCUCAGUCCUGUAAAUAAACCUUAGUUCUAUGAAAAGGAAAGAACAAGUUUGAGAUCAGGAAUGAGGUGCCAAUGCAGAACAUCUGAUUGUAACACUGCCUCAUGCUAUAUGAUCCACUCAUAUGUACACCGAGUGAAGCAGGCUGUUUCACUCAGUGCUCAAAACUGUAAAAUCACUGAAGCAAGGUUUUACAGACCCUUACUUAUGAGUAAGGUGUAUGCUAUCCAGUCCACUCCACAUACUCUCUAAUCUCCAUGGUUUCUAGUCUUUUACCAUUGCAAAUUAAGUAAAUUCACACUCAUUUCAAGGCUUUAUAUAAUAGCACGACUGGCUGAAUUUUUGAACUAAGCUCUACUCCAACCAAUUCACUCUUCCUCUCCUCCCACCCUCAGGCUUUGGCUACACUUACACUUCAAAGCGCUAAGUGUAGUCAAAGC